GCGCCCACGUCGGCGCCUUUGCGCUCCGCAGCGGCGCGCCUCGCCCGGCGUCCCCACCAGUCCUGCCGGAAGAUGGUCAACGACCGGUGGAAGACCGUGGGCGGCGCUUCCCAACUUGAGGACCGGCCGCGCGACAAGCCGCAGCGGCCGAGCUGCACUUACGCGCUGUGCACCGUGCUGCUAUCCCUGGCCGUGCUGCUGGCCGUGGCCGUCACCGGCGCCGUGCUCUUCCUGAACCACGCCCAUGUGCCGGGCACGGCGCCCCCGCCCCUCGUCAGCACCGGGCCAGCCGGUGCCAACAGCGCCCUGGUCACCGUGGACAGGGCCGACGCCUCGCGCCUCAACAUCCUCAUCGACCCACGCUGCCCUGACCUCGCCGACGGCUUCGCCCGCCUGGAGGGCGCCCAGGCCUCUGUGCUGCAGGCGCUGAGCCAGCGCCAGCCUGAGCCGUGGCUGGCGGGGCAACAGGAGCGGGAACUGCUGGACACCUUGGCUGACCAGCUCCCCCGGCUGCUGGCCCGGGCCUCGGAGCUGCAGGCGGAGUGCGUGGGGCUGCGGAAGGGGCACAGCGUGCUGGGCCAGGGGCUCAGCGCCCUGCAGAGCGAGCAGGGCCGCUUCAUCCAGCUUCUCUCCGAGAGCCAAGGCCACAUGGCUCACCUAGUGAACUCCGUCAGUGACGUCCUGGACGCCUUGCAGAGGGACCGAGGGCUGGGCCGGCUCCACGUCAAGGCUGACCUUCAGAGGGCGCCUGCCAGGGGAUCGCGGCCCCGGGGCUGCGCCAACGGCUCUCGGCCACGCGACUGUCUGGACGUCCUCCUGAGUGGACAGCAGGAGGACGGCGUUUACUCUGUCUUCCCCACACACGACCCCGCUGGCUUCCAGGUCUACUGUGACAUGCGCACUGACGGUGGUGGCUGGACGGUGUUUCAGCGCCGGGAGGACGGCUCCGUGAACUUCUUCAGAGGCUGGGAGGCGUACCGGGAUGGCUUCGGCAAGCUCACGGGCGAGCACUGGCUAGGGCUCAAGAGGAUCCACGCCCUGACCACGCAGGCAGCCUACGAGCUACACGUGGACCUGGAGGACUUUGACAACGGCACAGCCUACGCCCACUAUGGGAGCUUUGGCGUGGGCUUGCUCUCCGUGGACCCCGAGGAAGAUGGGUACCCGCUCACUGUGGCCGGCUACUCGGGCACUGCAGGGGACUCCCUCCUGAAGCACAGCGGCAUGAGGUUCACCACCAAGGACCGAGACAGUGACCACUCGGAGAACAACUGCGCGGCCUUCUACCGCGGCGCCUGGUGGUACCGCAACUGCCACACAUCCAACCUUAACGGGCAGUACCUGCGCGGCGCGCACGCCUCCUACGCCGACGGCGUCGAGUGGUCCUCCUGGACCGGCUGGCAGUACUCACUCAAGUUCUCCGAGAUGAAGAUUCGGCCGGUCCGUGAGGACCGCUAGACGGGCGCGCUGUCCGUCCCCGCCCACCGCCCGCCCCCGCCCACCACCGCCCACCACCGCCCACCGCCCGUCUCCGCCCCCGCCCGUCCCCUCGCCAUCCCCACGCCCACCCCGAACUCCGCUCCUGCUCAGACGCCCGCCCGCCUGCCCGCACAUGACUGACCCACUCUCGCGAUGGAGUGGGCCAGGCCAGCCCCGACACUAAGCACCCCCUGCACAAGUGAGGCCACACAUCACCUUCGCACUGUCCCCACCCACAAUUUGCCCGGCUGCUGCGGGCCGGGCGAGUUUGACCACCCCAAAUUCCGCCUGCCCAGACUUUGGCUCCUGGGCUGUUUGCCUUCCCUGGGCCAGGAGUCUGCCACGUGCUCCUGGCAGCCCUUCCACUUUGCCAGCCCAGACACCUGGAGUGAUGGGCACACAGAGGAGGGGCAGAUGGUACCCCUGGAGCCCUUUGAGCAGAGGGAAGGGUCAGAUCUUUCUGGGUCACGUCUGAGGCCAGCCUCCCUGGACCUCCGGACCCCCCCCCCACCUCGUUCCUCUGGUGCCUGGAGGUCCGCCCUCUCUCCCAAGGACUGGGGAGUGGCUGCUGCUAAGGGCUGCCUGUGCCCAUGGGCUGGGUGGCCACAUCCCGCCAUGCCCCUCGGCCAGGCUGGGGUGCAGCUGCCUUCGGGAACUCGCUCCCCAAGGUGACUGAGAUCAGUUCCCUGGAGCCCUUCCCCACCCCCGAGCCAACCCGCUGUCUCUGCAGGCCUGGGACGUCCCCAGUCCCCUUGGCCGUUGUGCCCGCCCGCCUCCUGUCUUCCCCGGGCGGCUGGAGCCCCGCCGCACCCCACCCCGUUCCCCUGCCUGUGGAAGGCAGGGGCGGGGCCUGCGCCGCUGGGCUGGGCUGGGCUGGGGCUGGGCUUGUACCACCCGCCCUCCGAUUUCCAGGCAGGGACUCUGGGACCCUAGGACCUCCUAGGAGCAGGCCUGGAGGGUGAAGCCUGGACCCAGAUGGGUUUGGUGGCUGUUACCGGGUCAGCCCGGACACUGCUGUCUCAGUGGGGAGGUCGCCCCCUGCUGGUGACUGGGGGUGUUGCCACCUGGAGUCGGGGGCAGGGAGGGCCUCGCCGGGCAAGUGGGGGAGCCUGAGGUGCCCGCCAGGCACUCAGAGACAUUUCUCACUGAAUCCUCUCAACGCCCGAUGUACUGUUACUGCUGCCCCCAACAAGAAGCACAGGUUCCCAAGGCCAGCGGCCAGGACGAGCAGGGCUGCUUUUCCACGUUCCCGCCUGAGGGGACCCGAGGGAGCCAGGAGGUCAGCCUGGAGAGCCGCCCAGAGGGUGGGCAGCCCAGCGACCCCUCCUCAGGCAGGGGGGAAGCCCUCCUCUGGCUUCCGAUACAGGACACCUGAAGGCAGCCAAGUGGGGGAGUGCGGGGUUCAGCUCUCCCUUCCCCUCCCCCCAAGCUUUGUGCUUCAAUAAUAAUAAUUCAGAGACGGCCAGGGAAGCAGGAAAGGCCCCAGGGGAAGCAGGAAAGGCCCCGAGCGCCGCUGGCUGGCCACGUGACCUGGCCGGUCCCCUCUAGCCCCACCUGGCUGUCGGCGUUUGGCAAGGUUUGCGGGAGGAGACGCCAUCCCUGCCCUCCUGGCCCUCAGCUGACAUCAGAGACGGCCAAGGAACAGGUGAUGACAGCUCAGUGUCACCAGGGCGGUGACGGGAGCACACAGGCGCGGGCGGGUAGGGGCAGUGUGGCAGGGGUGUGUGUAAGAAGACCCCAGAGACCUCCUGCUGGCUCCUUUCCCAUCCUCUAGAAGCCAAGAGAAGCAGCCCACCUGGGCCGCUGGGCCCCAGCCACGAAGCAGAGGCUGGAUGGGCCCUGCGUCCUCAUCCCGGGAGCCCCAUUUCCCCCUCCCUCCUGCUCCAGGCUGGGGCGAGCCGCUGCUGCCAGCCUCACGGUGCCAGCCACUGUUUAGAACGUGCCAAGCGCUUCCUGAUCUGUCAUCAAACACACUCCUGGUGAGCGUGAUGUUCAUGGAUUCACAGAUGCGCGUGCACAUCAGGAAGCUCGGGCGUUCAUGCCAGGGCUUGGCCGAGGAACAGACGUGCCACCGCUUGGGCCUGGCAGGGGGCUGGGUGAGGGUGUUUCAGGAGCGUCUGGCCGACCUGCAGACACUGGUUCCUUCCCGCCGGAGAGCACCAGCCCCGGUCCCAGCCCAGGCCUGGCACCACUGGGGACACGGCCGGACCAGAUGCUGGCUGAAUGGGCACAAAGCCCGUCAUGGUGAGGACAGUAAGGCCAGCGCACCCCCCUUCCUAAAGGGCCUCCCUUCACAGGCUGGCGCUGAGCACACACAGUACCUGGGCCGGGAGGCUGAGGGGAGCGAGGCAGGCCUGGGCCCUGGCCUGGAGGAGCUCCCAGUGUGAUUUCAGCGCAAAUGGCUAUCACUGGAGAUGGGAGCGACCACAAAGGGAAGGGGGCCCUGGGAAAGCCGGGGGGAGCGGCAGCUCUGCCGAGACCGAGGGGUGACAGAUGGGUGCAAAGGUCACCCAGGACCCAUGGUCACUGCACCCGAACCCUGACCCACGAUGCCUGAGUUGAUGGCUUGAUGGUGGGGUACCUGCGGCCCAGUUGUACCACGUGACGGGGCUGACACCUCACCUCCCCUUUCCUUCCUUCUCCCAUGAGGAGAGAGCCAAGCAGGGGAGGGGUGCGCUCUACACUGGGAUCCUCAGGCAGUGCAUUUAUGCCCCCAAAGCUUCCGAAAGUUCCUUUCCACAAGCACAGGUAGGUUCUGUGGGAUCAGCCAAUGGCCGCAUUCCUUGUCCUGCAAACUUUGGAUACAUCUCUGGGGCGCCACCCAGCUGGCCACCCCUGCUCCCCGAGUCCAGAGGAGGGACGGACGCUGGGUUUCCACCCUGAUGGCCUCAGCACAGUCAGCAGUUGAGGACAGAGCUGUGGGCAGGUCUCAAAUUGCAUGUUCCCCCCCGCAGCCGUAUGUAAAUAGGUUGUAUAAUGUUUGCCUUGGGGCAGAAGCGAUAUCCAUAUCCCAGGGCCCACCUCUUCCUGGGUCCCCCACGGCCACCCACCCUCAUCCACGCAGGCCUCUGGCCUGGAAGGUGGGAGCCCCGCCACCCAGGAUUCGGAGGAUUCGUGGGGUUCAUCAACAGGACUGCUAGCUGCCUCUGCUACAGCAGAAGGGGAGGGCGGAGGUGGGGGCACGGGAGCAGGGCUCGGACCGGCGGGGUUUAAGGAGCCACACGCGCACCAGAGGACACAUUAGAGGAUGUACAGACAAGGACAUGAGGCUUUGGUCCGAGUGCUGGGGCCUCCCCAGGGCCUGUCUCUUCAUCCGCUAGCAGGGAGAGGGCCGUCCCCAAACCCUGAGUGGCCACGCAGCUGGCAGGACUCGGCAAACCCGGAGGGCUGAAGUUGGACCUCGGCGGGACUGGGGGGCAGGGAGUGGGGAACCGGGCUCUGACCUGCUGUGCCCUCAGGCUGCCUGACUCCACACAAGACCUGUGGUGGGAAGAGGGGCGGGGCUAGGAGGGAGCUAGAGGCCAGCGCAGCUUGCGAUGGACAGAUGCUAGUGCGGCCUGUGUGCACUUGUCGUGUGUGUGGUCCUGUCUCCAAUAAAGU